UAUGGUUCAACCUGCCAAUGCCCAGCGACAAACAGACAUGGCAGACAAGACAGCUAUGCGAGCGCCCUGCGUACCGUCUCUGGACACUUUUAGCUUCACAUGCGCCGCUCCUAGUCCUGUUAUUGUGAAACAGGCUCCACCUGGAUGGACAACUCCUCCCUUUCCACUACGCAUGAACUCACCUGCCACGGCAGACCGACAUUCUGUACAUAUCACUACCGGAGCGGUUUCUACGCACUCCAACACAUCAGAUCGAUCUAUGGUUCCCUUUCUGAAAACAUUUGACUUUACAUGCCCGCCACCACAGCCGCCUCAUAUGCAUGCUAGAACUGGUGCCUCCACUCCGCCUUUCGCCCUCAGACUUGAACCAAACACGGCUGGCCAUGAUCAAACGGGUUUACUCCAUAGGGAUUUGCAAAGAUCGAGUAGAUCUGGAUUUGGCCACACGCGAAGAGUGCAGAAACUCACAAAACGCGCUCGUCGGGUUGGGCAGCAAGGACCGGUUACAGCAGAAAUACCAGAGAUCUCAGCAGGGGAAAUGGGUGCGAGAGGCGUAGAGGACAUUACCGACAUGUUUAUGAGAUUGCAGGUGGCGACAGAUCGUGCGGCUUUAACUUCCGGUAGAGGGCCGCUACUCCCGAACAUAUCCAAUAUCCCAGUGGGUGACCAGGUGGAUGUGCUGUGGUUGAGUAAUGAAGACAGCUAUGAAUACGUAUCAACACCUAUGAGUGACUUUGAUGCGCUAGUGGAUACGAUGAUUCCGGCAGAAAUGGAAGAAAUGGACCAAACCCUCUUUAAUCCGAUUCUUGAUUCAUGGCUCACAAGUACGGGACAGACUCAAGAGCCUCAAGACAUGCACGUACUUUAUGAGAAUGACUUUCUGGAGAUCAGAGCAUGCAAUGACACGGGGACGGCAAGUUCGUGCGCAGAGGUCACUGCGGAUGAUGAAAAAUCGGGCUCGGAGGCAAACGACCGGGGCAAACUUCCCAGUCACCGUGGUUUCAUUAGACCGUUGCGUGAUGAAGGGCCAUUUAUGGGAAGACCGGCAAUACAUGAACAGCAUCAUCCCCGUCAUAAUCGCCUGUACCAAACAAGUGCAUCUUACACUAGCUGCGAAGACGUCCAUACCUGCACAAUACCUCCACAAAAGGCACACCACAGAAGGCGCAGAAAACGAUCAAAUCGCCAAACGCCCACUUCACACGCAUCUCCACGCAUACAUGAUCCAUCUAUGAAUCAUGUUUUCCACAGUAUAGACGACGUGACAUCACUGAUAUCAAAGAUUUCUGUCCACUCCAGAGAAGACGACGAUGUCGACGACGACCCUGGUAAUCAAGGAGAUGAUGAAGAAGAUGAAUAUUUAGAAAAAGGACCGCGUGUACGAGAUCAAAUCGCGUCCCUGAAGUCGCCUUUAGUGUACCCUAGUGGCUCGCUUGAUGUUUCCAUCGUCCGACAUGGAGGGUACGAGAUGGCUACUGAGCAAGGCGCGGAUCUGGAUUUAGACGCAUACAUACGGUGGCCGGAUGAACAAGGGUGAUUGACAGAACGCGCGGAUGUAAAUGAGGUUUUAUGCUGUACGAUAACAUGGGCAUGCGCGAUUUCCAAAUCUUC